AUGGAUAUGCUUUAUCGUGCUUUAGAAUCUAACAUUUUUCAUGAAGUUACGGCAUAUACAUGUGUAAGAGAUAUGUGGGAAGAACUUGAUAGGAAGUAUGGAGAAACCUUGGAGAAAGAAACCACCACUCUAGAAAUAUCAAGUUCAAAUGAUCAAGAGGUGGCUAAUUGCAAUGUCCCUUGUGACAAUAUUGCUAUUAAUGUAUGCAAUAAUUCAAAUGAUGAAUAUUAUGACAAUGCUUGUAAUGAAUCAGGUAGUGUAGAUCCCAUGAACAUCAGCUCUGCACCUCCUAGUGAUGAUGCAUCUGAUGAAGAAUCUGAGGAAGACAAAGAAGAUGAUGAAAGUACUAAAGAUGAUGUUGCCGCUGAUGAUGAUGUAGUUGAUGAUGAUACAACUGAUGAUGAUGCAGUUGUUGAUGAUUGA